AACCAUUAGUAAAUGGCCACAAAAGUGCGUAAAUUGAGGGGAUAGACAUAGUAGAGGAAAAUCCAUUUCUAAAAAUAGCCAUGACAGACUAGGUAGUAUUUCACAACGUUUCACAAGUUGAAGCUUACUGUUGAAUUUUACCUGCAUUUCACUUCUGGAGUUUUAUUCAGAGAGAAGAUAAGACACAAUGGCUAAGAACCCCAGUGACAGUAUCUACCGCAUCCCCCCGUACUACUUCCUCCAUGUCUUGGACCAGAAUCUCAAUGUCACACGGCUGGAGAUCGGGCCCCAGACCUUCAUCAGACAGGACAAUGAGAGGGUCGUGUAUGGCCCAGAAAAGAUGAUCACAGUGCCACCUAGGCACUACUGCAUCAUCGAAAACCCAGUGGUCAAGGACAAAGAAGGAAAGGUCAUCUAUGAUGAGAGUGGUCAGUCUAAACUCAGUCACGCUGACCUUGAAAUUCGUCUCUCCCAAGAACCCUUCCCACUUUACCCAGGGGAGGUCCUGAAACAGGUCGUGACCCCAUUGAAGGUCAUUCCUGCCAACUCAGCCCUGAGACUGCGGGCUGUCCUCGACUUUGAGGAUGCCUCUGGAGAAAAGCGAGUGGCUGGGGAUGAGUGGCUCUUUGAGGGACCAGGGACCUACAUCCCUCAGAAGGAGGUGGUCAUUGAGGAGACCAUCAGGGCAACAGUCAUCCGUCCAAAUCAGGCCAUCCGCCUCCGAGCCAGGAAGGAGACGAUUGACAGGGAAGGCAAGGCCAGGGUGACGGGGGAGGAGUGGAUCCAUAAAAAGACAGGAGCGUACCUCCCAGGAGCAUACGAGGAAGUGGUAGACAUCGUCAACGCUUACGUACUCACAGAGAAGAAAGCUCUGCACAUGAGGUCCUUGAGGACAUUUAAAGAUGAGUUUGGAGUGGUGAGGAAGAAUGGAGAGGAAUGGCUGAUCACAAUGAAAGAAUCAGAGACGCAUAUUCCUGGCGUCUACGAAGAGGUUGUUGGAGUUGUAAACAUUACAACUCUGACCUCCCGACAGUACUGUGUUAUCCUUGACCCCUGUGAUGAGUCAGGUCACCCACAGCUGGGAAGGAAGAAGCUGGUCAAGGGUGAGCGUUCCUUUUUCUUGCUGCCAGGUGAGAGACUGAUGAAGGGAAUCCAGAAUGUGUACGUCCUCGGUGAAGACGAGGGGCUCAUUCUUCGCGCCACAGAGUCCUUCAAAGACGCAGAAACAAAUGAGGAGCUUCGCCCCGGAGACAGGUGGAUGAUCCGCGGACCUAAGGAGUACGUCCCCCCGGUAGAAGUGGAGGUCCUGAUGAAGAGGACGGCCAUUCCCCUGGACGAGAACGAGGGUAUCUAUGUCAGAGACAUCAAGUCCGGAAAGGUGAGAGACGUAAAAGGAGAAACUUACAUGCUGAGUCAUGAUGAAGAACUCUGGGAAAAGGAACUUCCUCCUGCUGUGGAGACUCUACUAAUGGCAGGAAAAGACCCCCUGGCUGACCGCGGUGACCGCACUAAGGGAGGUGAGAAGGGGGAGAAACGAGACAAGACAAGGGUGGUAACCUUCAGAGUCCCCCAUAAUGCAGCAGUACAGAUCUACGACUACAAAGAGAAGAAAGCCAGAGUGAUCUUCGGACCUGAGUUGGUGAUGCUUGGUCCAGAUGAACAGUUCACUCAGCUCUCCCUGUCUGGAGGGAAACCCAAGAAACCAAAUGUCAUCAAAUCCCUGUGUCUUCUGCUGGGACCCGACUUCUGUACAGACAUCAUCACCGUGGAGACGGCUGACCAUGCCAGGCUCUCCCUACAGCUGUCCUACAACUGGCACUUCGAGGUCAAGGACAAGAAAGAUGUGAUAGAUGCUGCCAAGAUUUUCAGUGUCCCUGACUUUGUGGGAGAUGCUUGUAAGGCCAUUGCUUCCAGGGUCAGAGGAGCUGUUGCUCAAGUUCAGUUUGAUGAUUUCCACAAGAAUUCUGCUAGAAUCAUCAGGUCAUCUGUGUUUGGGAUUGAUGACAAGGAUAAGGUUCGAGAUCAGUUCAAAUUCCCCCAAAACAAUCUUUGUGUUACAAGCAUUGACAUUCAGUCUGUUGAGCCUGUUGACCAGAGGACCAGGGAUGCUCUGAUGAAGUCUGUUCAGUUGGCUAUCGAGAUCACCACCAACUCACAGGAAGCCGCAGCUCGCCACGAAGCUGAGCGUCUGGAACAGGAGGCCAAAGGUCGUCUGGAGCGCCAGAAGAUUACAGAUGAGGCUGAAGCUGAGAAGGCAAGGAAGGAACUGCUUGAGCUCCAGGCCAAUAGUGCUGCAGUAGAGAGCACAGGUCAGGCCAAGGCCGAGGCCCAGAGUAGAGCCGAGGCAGCAAGAAUCGAGGGAGAGGCAGCAGUAGAACAGGCCAAACUCAAGGCACAGGCCAUGAAGAUUGAGGCUGAAUCUGAACUGGAGAGACUUACAAGAGCUAGAGAGGCAGAGCUUAAGUUCCUUGCAGAGCAGAACGAUUUGGAGCUCAGCAAAUCUCGAGAGGUGUCUGAGAUUGAGACGUCCAAAUUCAAGAGUCAGGUGGAUGCUAUCGGAGCCCAGACUCUCCAGGCCAUUGCCACCGCUGGACCAGAGAUGCAGGUCAAACUGCUGUCUGCUCUUGGCCUGAAAUCUACUCUGAUUACAGACGGAAACAGCCCUAUCAACCUCUUCAACACGGCUAAUGGUAUUGUGGGAGGAAUGGUCCCAGCCAAAAGGUCGCGCCGCUCUCCACCAGAGUCUGAUGAUGAAUAGACAAAGGACUGAGGAUUUUUUAAUGCAGUUCAGAGUGCAAUGAUUGAGUGUUGAAACAUUGUGUUUAUGUGUAGAAGUAGGUGUUAUUCAUUUCUGUAAUGCAUGACACAUAAAACUUAAUGUAUAUAUACAAAGAAAUUUAAUAUCAUGGCAGCCUACUAUUGUGUAUUUUUGCUAUGUUGGAACAUCAUCAUUUUUAUUUUUUCAUUUGUGUACCUAAUUUAUAGUAUUUUCAUAUUAAUAUAAUAUCCGUUAACUGUGAUAAUAUGGAAACCAAUUAUACUUUUGUUGUUAUUUGUGAUAGGGUAACUUUUUUUGAGAGUUUGAAUUUGAUUUCUGCACAUUUAAUGUUUUGCAGACACUAGAAUUUUACCAUGUACACACUGUUUAAACGCAAGCUGUGUACAGAGUAAAAUGCAUUUUUUGUUAGAUGCUGUCUUUGUAAAUUCUAUUUUCUUUCAUUUUUAUAGAUAUACACCUUUUUCUGUUGAAAUUUGUACUAAUUUAUAAAUGCCCUUAAAAUUUA